UCGAAGUCCACUCAUGACCAAAAUGGCGGACAGUCUGCUGAUCUGAGACGUCUAAGACGGAAGUUUGUCUUCCGGUGUUAAAGUUAGAGAAAACUUUUUUCAAUGAGCUUGCGAGGCAUUUGGGUGUUUUCAGCUGUUAAUACUGAGUCUGAAUGUGUUCUCUUCUCAAGGCGUUUUCCAACUGUUGAGCGGCGAGCAGGGUUGUACCAGGAAGGAAGCAGUUUAACACCAAUCCCAAGUGAUCAAGAACUUGGUGAUGCUGUGUUGAAGGAAUUGGGAUUAAGAAGGAAACUUGGAACUUACCAGGAUGAGUUUGACAGAGAUGUUGAUUCCUGUAGUAAGCCAGAGCACAAACCUGUCCAUGAAGUAAGAGUGAAAGAAGGUUUUUUGUGGCCUGUUGUUGCAAUAGAAAAGUUUGGUUUAGUGUUUAUAUGUGUGCCAUUGGUGGAAGGAAACUUGACACAUGGAAAACCACCGCUUGUUAAACUGCCUGGUGUGUCACUGGGAUAUUCUUUACUCCAUUCUAUGGUGGACUUUGUUGGCAGCUGGACUUCUAAUGAACAGUUGCAGUCUAAAGUAAAUGAGCUGUACAGGUUUCUGUGUGUAUCAGCACCAUUUGGUACUCCUGUUGAUACAAACUUCACAACAAUUCAAUCAUUCAUCAACAAUAAAGACAUUAUUGUACCUCAAAAAGGAAAGCAACCUGCAUGGAAGCCUGUUCAGUACAGGGGAAAACAGCAGCUUGUGUUUACUGUUAAAGAGGAGAUCAGAGCUGUCCAGCACGUUAAAAAGGAAUUUCAAGACGAGCGAGAACUCUUUGGGAUUAUCUUGUGCCGGGCUGACUUGGAGGGAAUUCCAGAAAUCACACUAAACAUCACGUCAUCAUGCCUGGAUUUCCUUGUGGUCCACCCCUGUGUUCUCGAGGGUGACACUCAUGUCCAGAUCCCUUCAUUCCAACCGUCACAGAUGCUCAAAGGACCUGAGAUGGUGGGAAGGAAAGUAAGAUUCAGGCCACCAACAGAGUCAUUCCAUCUGUGUCACUACUCUUCCAAGACUCCUUAUGGCUUGCCUGUCAGAGGAAUAUAUCAGAUGCAGGGUGACGCGAAUUCUGUGCAGGUUUCUAUACAGUUGAAGCUCAACGAAAAGGUCAAGAAUUCGUUUGAGUACUGUGAGGUUCAUCUCCCCUUCUUUCACAGAGGUCCCGUGGUGCGAGUGGAUUCCGCUGGUCCAUCGACUGGCGGCAUAUUACUGUCGCCUGAUAAAAGACGCCUGGUUUGGGAUAUAGGCCAGAAGUUCCCCUCCAAAACCCUUGAAGCGUCGCUGAAUGCGACCGUGUACUUUGGAGAGAAGAAACAACAGACCACGGCGGACAAUGAACAAACUAGCUUUAUAGAGGAUCCUUUCUGCACAGGGAUCAACACUUACGCGCAGGUAUUUUUCAAGAUCCCAGAUUUCACUUUCUCAGAAUGUGCCAUCGAUCCCAGGUCAUUGGUUGUCUUUCCAAGCGGGAAAUACAGAUUGAAUAUAUCGUACGAGUUCUUGUCGGCAGACUACAAGAUAUGGAACACAAAUGGAGAGGCGUUGUUUGCAUUCCCUCCUCCGAAAUGAACCCACAGUGAUUAGAAGACAAUACUUUUUUGUUUUGUAAAUUUUACUUACAAACUCCCGUUUCAAUUUAUAGAAAAACAUUCCAUUACAUGUACAAAUUUAUUAAGUGACAUUUACAUUAUAAAAUUAUUGUAAAGCCUAAAAAGUGAAUUCUAUGAUAUUAAAAGAAAAAUAAGAAAGUUCUUUGUAAAAGUAGAUUUUUUUCCCCGAUUCAUUCAAGUUUCUCGGUACAUCAAACAACCUUCAUACAGAGGACCUGUGUUUAGUAAAGUUGUCGUCAUUUAGAGAAGCAUAACGAAUGGAAAGACGUAAAAUAAUAAUUGUGAAAUUUAACUAUGUUUUUAUAAAUAAAAAAAAGGCAACACCAGCAUAUUGGUACACUUUGA